CCGGCAAAUGCCAUAAUAAUCCCCAUGGUUUUUCACAAACUUCCCAUCGCUCACCCUCUAUCUCAAUAUAUUAUAUAUAUAUAAGGGACCUACCCUACCAUUUCCUUCAUCAACCUAGCACAUAUCCGUCUUGGAUCAAUUUCAUCAGUGACACAAAGUUUGUUCAAAGCAAAGAAGAAGAGUGAUAUUGUGAAGAGCAGAGAAGAUGAGUCAAACAAGCAGAGCAUUUGUGGCAGCAACUGUUGGAGUUGUGGAGGCCAUGAAAGACCAGCUGGGGAUCUGCAGGUGGAAUCAUGUCUUAAGAUCAGCGCAGCAGAAUGCAAAGAACCAUCUCAGGUCCUUGUCUCAGGCCAACAACCUUUCUCCUUCAACUUCUGCAAUGGUUUUAAGCAAAGCAAGAGAGCAGAAACUGAAGCAGUCGGAGGAGUCUCUGAGGACGGUCAUGUACUUGAGCUGUUGGGGUCCCAAUUGAAGCACAACUCAGCUGAAGAUAGUGACCGUACGAUGAGGAGCCACUGAUUUCUGGUAGAGAUUCGUUGAAUGAAGGAAGAAUAUUUGAAGACUAGCUACCAGACUUUUUGUAGAUGCAUAGCAUAGCAGUGGGAAAUGUCAGGCGGAUUGAGCUUAGUAUUCUGGAUGAUGCAAAACCAUCCUGGUUUGUAAAUGUGUAAAUGGAAAUUGCCCUGAUUAAUACAUACACGAUUU